AUGGUAAAGGAAAACAGCAGCACUAAGAAACAAUCCACCACAUCGGCAGCAAGUGGUGGUGGCGGUAAGAAGACACAGGUCAGUGGUGGAGGCUCUAGCCCAGCAGAUAACAACAAUACUCAAGAUACAAAGUUCAACCUCCAAGAUAUGAUCAAGACUAUCAAAGAGGUGACCACUUGGAGAGACGAUGACGAUAUCAAAACUGCAUUGGAACAAAAUAGUUUUAAUCUUGAUAGAACCAUCACCUUGAUUCUUGAAGAACUUAUCAAGCCAGAGCAAAAGUGGACUGAAGUCAAGAGAAGAAAUGACGGAAAUAAGAGUAAGAAAGAAGAAGGACAAAAGUCGGUAGAAAGAGGUUUACAAACAGGCAAGCCAAAGAAGGAGUUUAGAGAAGGUGAAAAGAAUGAUCGUGGUGAUCGUCCAAAGAAGGAAUAUAACAAUAACAUUAACAGAGAUAACAACAACAACAAUAACAGAGAUAACAACAAUAGAGACAACAACAAUGUCAACAAUAGAGACAAUAGAGACAAAAACUUAAAGACUAAUGGAUAUAACAAACAACAAGAUCAUAUUUCAAGAAGACCACACACAUUUGGUGCACAAAGAGAACAAUCCCAAUCUACCGCAAUUCCAUUGCAAGACGAGCCAUUGGCUGCUUCAUCACCAGCCGCUCCAGCAGUCGUUGCCGCUCCACCAACCUCAUCCUCAUCCUCAUCCUCUGCUUCAUCAUCACAAUCAUCCUCUUCUGCGGCUGCUCCUUCAACCUCGAGCACAAAUAGCAUCCCUGUCGAUUUGGUUCACCCAACCAUUUCCUCCACCAAGACUGGUGGCAUGACCAUGAGUCAAAUUUUGGCUCAGAUCAAGGAGCGCGAGCUUGCCACCCAACAAAAGCAGCAUCAACAAAAGGAGGUCGUCACUGCCGUCGCCACCCCAACCCCAUCCGUUGCUCCAUCCACCACCACUUCUUCUUCCGCUGCCACCACUGCCUCUUCUUCAUCUGUUGCUCCAUCCACCACCUCUGCCGCCACCACCAACAACAAUACCGCCACCCCUGCCACCGCCACCACUACCACCGCCAUCACCGCCACCCCUGCCUCUACCGGCACAUCCUAUGCAGCCAUGAUCUCUGCUGCUCAAAACAAGCAAAAUGCCAAGCCAGCCGCCACCCCAUCUGCAGCUGCCGCCAACCCAAUCCCACUCGACCCAGAGCCCACCCCAGUUCAACCAGCUGUUGUCGCUGCUCCAGUCGUUGCUGCUCCAGCUCCAGCUCCAGUUGCUGUCCAACAACCAACUCCAGUCGUUGCCACUCCAGCCGUUGCCGCUCCAGUCCAACAACAACAACCAGCCGUUGUCUCUGCUCCAGCUCCAGUACAACAACAACAACCAACUGCUCCAGUUGUUGCUGCUUCUGCUCAAGCUCAACCAACCCAACAACGUACCAACUUUGGUCAAAAGCCAGGUUCUACCCAUGCAUGGAAGCCAAAAGAGUCACCAUCCAACUCGCCUCUCACCAACCCAGCUCGUCAACCAAUCGGACACCCAACCAAGCAAGUCAACCCAGUUGCCAUGCCAGACGCCCUCAACUUUGACCCAACCUCGAGCUUUGACGUCCAAUUUGGCAAGAGCACCAUCGAGUCGGCUCCAGUAGUACAAGCUGCUCCAGUCCAACAAGCUGCUCCAGUGCAAACUGCUCCAGUCCAAGCUGCUCCAGUUCAAACUGCUCCUGUCCAACAAGCUGCUCCAGUGCAACACGUACAACACCAACAAGUCCACAAGCAAUCGCCAGUCAACCAACAACACAACAUGAACCAAUACCAAGCAUUCCAAACCAUGCCAUCGAUGGAUCCACAACACAUGAUGCCAGAGUCUGAUCUCCAACACAUGUCUGCCUAUGCCCAAUACCCAUACAUGAUGCCAAUGCAAUGGUUUGACGAGUUUGGUGCCCGUCAACAAUUCUACGAGCAAUCCUACUCGCAACAAAACGCAUACAACCGUACCACCUCUCCAGUUGCCGACAACCAAACUCCACAACAACCACAACAACCACAACAACAACAACCAAACAAGUUUGCUGGUCGUCAACAAAACACCAACCAAUCAUUCCGUGGAUCCAAUGAUAAUACCAACAAGUUCCAUAACCAACAACAACAAGUGCAACAACAACAAGUUCAACAACAACAGGGACAAGAGCCACAACAACAAGCUGGCGCCAACCAACACCCAUCUUCACAAUCCCCACCACUCCCACAAUCCCACUUCCAACCGUACGGUGGUUACUAUUAUGGCGGCUACUCGCAAUACAGCCCAUACCCCAACCAAAACACUCAAUUCCUUCCAUACGGCUACCCACCAAAGCCAUACAUGAACAUGAGUCGUUACCCAUCACACCCAGGUCAAAACCAAGGUUACCCCGAUGAACAAGACUUUAAGUCUGCCUACCCAGGUUACAACUCGUACUUCCCAUCUUCUGGUGUCGACCAAUCCAAGAUCUCUGCCACUGGAUCUCCAACUGGUUCAAAGCAAUUCCAACAACAAAACAACCAACACUCAACUAACCCAAACACUCAACCACAACAACAACAACAAGGUGACAUUACCUCUCAAUACAAUAACCAAAAGAACCAAUACUCUCGUGGAAAUGAUCAACAACAACAACAACAACAACAACAACAAAAUAACUAUUACAACCAACAACCAGCCCAAUACAUGCCACAUUUCCAAUCUUUUCCACAAAAUAAUCAACAGAUGAACCAAAAUAGAAACCAAUACCCAUUAUCCUAA